AUGGAUUCAAUAAAUCGAGGUGUGUCGAAAACGACAGUUGUGAUUAAGAUUUGUGAUUCGAAACGUGCAAGACGUGGAUUGCUAUCACCGAAGCCUUUGCAAAAGCCCAAGCCAGAAGCAUCAUUUUCAAUGAAUACCGAUGAUCAGCCGAUGGAUCAAAACAGUGAUCAGUCACAUCCACAACAGUUGAAUAGCAAUAAUAAUGCCAAUAAUCUGAUCAGUCCGAAUCGAUCCACUCGUAACACUUUCGGUGCAACAUAUCCCACAAUGAGUCCAUUCUCUGUUGGACCGUCAUCCGCUGAUCACGCCAUACCGAAUAAUAUCACCAACAAUAUCAACAACAGUUCAUCGUAUCGUAAUGGCAAAACAAUUCCAUCACAUCGCGCAUCGCUCAUGACUGCAAAAAAAUUAGUCAUCCGAAAUUUUAAACAACGCUCAUCUCAGUCGGAAGGUAAUCUGCUGGAAUCAAGUUGGCGAAUCCUGGAAGAAGCCGUAAUUGCAAUUCAACAAAAACGCAAAGUGAAUACGAGUUUGGAACAACUUUAUCGAACAGUCGAGAAUUUAUGUGGACAUAAACUUUCAAUGGAGACGUACACGUAUUUGAAGCAGUGCCUCGUACAACAUCUGCGAUCAAAAUUACAAACAUUGUUGAGUGAUUCAGAUACGACUGUUCUUUUCCUGGAACGACUGAAUGCGCUUUGGUUGGAGCAUUGUCAACAAAUGGUGAUGAUUCGAAGCGUAUUUCUUUAUUUGGAUAGGACAUUUGUCUUGCAGAACUCGUCAGUAGCAUCGUUAUGGGAUGUUGGAUUGGAGAUAUUUCGAGAUGUGAUAAUGAAUAAUGAUUGCAUCAGAAAGCGUGCAACGAAUGGUAUUAUGAAAUUGAUUGAAACAGAGCGCGGUGGUGCACAGAUUGAUCGUCAACUCGUCAGAUCACUGUUACGUAUGAUGUCGAAUUUAGGUAUUUAUCAAACGGUGUUUGAACGUCGAUUCUUGUCAUUAACCACCACUCUGUACGAAACCGAAGGACGAAACUUGUCUCGCGAUCUUGAGGUUCCUGCAUAUUUACGACAUGUUAAGCGACGUUUGGAGGAGGAGUCAUCCAGGGUGGAUCACUAUCUAGACGCAAGUACACGUAAAGAAUUAAUGGCUGUCACUGAUAAGUGCUUGAUUGUUAAUCAUAUGGAAACCUUCAUUGACAAAGGUGUCGAAUCAAUGCUGAGCGCAAAUCAGUGUGAUGAUUUGGUUUUGAUCUAUUCGUUGUUAUCGCGUACUAAAGACGGCCUUUUACUUCUAAAGAAUGCUUUUGCAUCAUACAUUAAGAAAGUGGGUAAAGCGUUAGUAGUGAAUACGGAACAUGAUAAAACACUGGUUGCUGAUUUGUUGGUCAUGAAAGCCAAAUUAGACAACAUUCUUAAAAGUUGUUUCGAGAAUAACGAAAAGUUUGUUCAAGCCGAAAAAGAUGCAUUCGACUACUUCAUCAAUACUCGUGCCAAUAAACCGGCUGAACUUGUUGCAAAAUAUUUGGAUAAUAAAUUGAGAUCUGGCAAUAAAGAGUCUAGUGAUGAAGAGUUAGAAAAUCUUAUGGAUCAAGUUAUUGUCAUCUUCAGGUUUAUUCAAGGUAAAGAUGUAUUCGAAGCAUUCUAUAAGAAAGAUCUCGCAAAACGUCUACUUCUUGGAAGAAGUGCGUCUGUCGACGCUGAAAAGUCAAUGCUGUCCAAACUUAAACAGGAAUGUGGCGCCGACUUCACGACAAAAUUAGAGGGGAUGUUCAAAGAUAUGGAAUUAUCCAAAGAUCUCGCUGUGGCAUUCAAGCAGUAUUUGGACCACGGUGGUCCCGAUCGAUCUAUACGGCAUGGCGAAGAUCAUAUUGAAUUCAACGUAAAUGUUUUAACGAUGGGGCAUUGGCCUGUGUAUCAGCCAAUGGAUGUUGUCAUUCCAUCGUUUUUAAUUGACUACCAAGAAUUGUUCAAACGAUUCUACUUAUCCAAGCACAGUGGUCGAAAGCUGCAAUGGCAACACAGUCUAGCGCAGGUGCUUCUGAGAGCUCACUUCAAGCCUACGGUGGUUAAAGAGUUGCAAGUAUCAAUGUUUCAAGCGUUGGUUUUGUUACUUUUCAACGAGAAAGUUGAGUGGACUUACGAAGAAAUCACCGAUUUAACAAAAAUCGAGAAGACCGAAUUAGAUCGUACGCUGCAGUCGUUAGCGUGUGGCAAGCUGCGGGUUAUAUUGAAGACACCUCGUGGAAAGGAUAUAAAGCCGCUUGACAAAUUCACUUUUAAUGAGGAAUGUAAUGACAAAUUGUAUAGAAUACGUAUUUGUCAAGUCCAGAUGAAAGAAACUACUGAGGAACAUUUGCAAACCGAGGAGCAAGUCUUCCAGGAUCGCCAGUAUCAAAUAGAUGCGGCGAUUGUACGCAUUAUGAAGACCCGUAAGAGUCUCUCUCAUCAGUUGCUCAUCUCUGAACUCUUCAAACAAUUACGUUUCUCAGUGAAGCCGAUUGACCUCAAAAAACGCAUCGAAAGUCUCAUCGAACGCGAAUAUAUGUGUCGUGAUAAAGAUGAUACUAAUACGUACAAUUAUGUUGCGUGA